AUGUCAUUCACAACACAGACUGGCGUGCCGACGAAUUUUAACUUCCUCAAUGUUCAAGCAAACGACAACCACGAAUUUAAAUCAACGCCAACAAAUUGGAACGCAUUGAAUGGUAAUAUCGCUUCUGAAGCAGGAAAUGGUCAAGCAGACUCUGCAACCUCACUGAACAAUAGGAAUUUUCAGCCUGCCAAAAAGUCGCAAAAGGCUAUGAACUCAAAUGCAUAUAAUACGGAGUCAAAAGAGGCUAGUUCGUUUUCAAGUAAAAGUAAUGCAACUUCAUUAACGAAGAAGGGAACUUUUCAGAAUGGACAUUGUCAGUCUUAUUCCUCCGAGGAAGUAUCCAAAACUGGACCGCUUUUUCCAAGUCCCGAAGAAUUCGGAUUUCAACGAGUUAAGAAAGGCAUACCGCCACGACCGACUCCCAACUACUUCUUGACCCAACCAAAAUGUCUCCAUACCCCUGUAUAUGUUCAAAGUGAGUGGGACAGACAAAACCAAAUUAAGAUGGAGCAAAUGGAAUCUGCAAAUCAAGGUAAAGACUACCAAGGGCUAUACGAGGAUUUGCAAAAACUCCGAGAGACUGAACGGAAAGAAAUGGAAAAAUUGGGACUUGUCGAUGCUGAAAAUACAGCGAAACAUCUAAAUGAGGCUAUAGCAUUUCAAGGAACGUGUCUGGACAUGUGUCCCGUAUUUGAGAGAGUACGAAGGCAGUUGGAAAAUAAUGUCAACAUGUUGGAGAGAGAUCCAACGACUAAUAAAAUAACGAAGGAGAAAGCUGUGAAAGCAUUUUCAAGGCCCGCUGCUGGUCAACCACCACCAUUACCUUCUGAAGUCAGGCCACCCCACGUUUUGAAAACUACAUUGGAUUAUUUAAUCGACAAUGUUGUCGGCAAACUACCAGAUUCCCACUCAUUUCUUUGGGAUAGGACAAGAUCGAUUAGACAAGAUUUCACUUACCAAAACAGUUUUGGCCCUGAAGCAGUGGAUUGUAAUGAGCGUAUUGUCCGCAUACAUUUAUUGUCGCUCCAUAUCAUGGCGGGAAGCGAUGUGGAAUUUUCUCAACAACAAGAAUUGGAGCAAUUUAACAAGGCCUUGCAGACAUUGAUGGAAAUAUACCAGGACGUGAGAAAUAAUGGUGGCAGCUCACCGAAUGAGGCAGAAUUCCGUGCAUACCAUUUACUCAGUCAUAUCCGGGAUCCAGAAUUGGAGAGACAAAUACAAAACCUUCCGGAACACAUCUUCCAAGAUGAAAGAGUACAAUUGGCAUUAAAAUUCAGAAAAAUCAUUUCGCAAAACAAUAUCGUUGAACGUGGUGUAACCAAUCUAAUAGGUGCAUUGGAUUUGUAUGUGGAGUUUUUCAGAGUUGUAUAUAGCGACACAACUCCUUUGUUAAUGGCAUGUUUGUUAGAAACCCAUUUCAGCGAGAUUAGGUUUUACGCCUUAAAAGCGAUGUCGAGGAGUUUCCAUACACGAGGCAAGCCCUACCAAAUGGACACACUUAGGAACCUAUUAGGGUUUGACCUGAGUGAUAAAUUCAUGAAAUUUUUGAAAUAUUAUGAGAUAGACGUUGUCAUUGAAGAUGGAGAGACAUUGGUUGAUUUGUUCAACAAGGACAAGCUUGAAAAACAAUACAAGCUCAAUUCAUUUUACGACAAACCAAAGUACCCGCCAGUAUAUUCAUCGCAAUUGGAUCGGAAACUCAAAGGGACUGACUUAAAGGCAAUCAUCAAUAGUGGCGUUCCAAACCAAACUUUUCACUUGAAGUCGAAGAAUGAAGUACUUGCAACUACAAAGAGGUCUAUUUCCAACCCAGUUGCAACCAGUUUCAAACCAGACUCCACGACAUUCACUGCUAUAACUCCUGUUGCUGAUGCACUCAAACCAAGCGAGGUAAAAUUUUCUCCCACACCCCCUCCGGACAAGGCGAAGCCUAAUCUAGAGAAGGAUGUUUUUUCGCAACCAAAAGUUCAAGCAACCACAUCCAGUUUUGGGUAUGCUACAAAUACACAACCCAACUUUCAAUUCGGCGUAGCCAAUGAUGCUAUUGUGGAUAUGAGGACGAAAAGUUCACCUGUUCCCAAUAAGAAUUUAAUUGCGGAGAAACCAAAGAUAGACUUUUCCUUUAGCAAGCCAUUUGGAACACCAGAAGUGGCUUCAGGUAGGCUCCGCGAGGCUGCUACAAUACCAGAGACUAAAUCUCGUUCAUUGUUUCUGGCCAAAGAGGCUGAUCAAGUGCCACUGAGUCAAAUCUUGUCUACCAAAAUAGAGUCUCUGGCAUUACCAAUAACUUCCAAAAAGUUGGCGGAUCAUCAUUUAUAUCGAGGGGCAGUUGAAGAAGUUGUUAACCAAUACUUGGCUAAUAUGGUUGAUUCAGAAACAAAGUCGGUUUUGGCGAGUGUUCUUUUCAGACACAAUGCUGAGGUUCAGCGUUUCAAUAUCAUCAAAACUUUGGAAGACGAGUUAUUUUCAGCAUUCGUUGCCGAAAGCACCUAUCAGUGCACGUUGGAAGCAGCUGCAACAUACACGCGUGACCUUUUCCUCAAGAAACAGGCCGUUUCUUGGUUGGCAAAGAGAGCCAGAGAGUGUGUGACCUCGUACAGGUCUAAGCAAGCAAAGAGAAACGAGCUUGAAUCUGUUAGGUUUGGGAACCCAUUAAAAAGAAGAUCAAGUAGUGAUGUACUGAGAUUGAGCACACCUGGUAAAAAGCAUAGGCAUGAUUUAACAGCAACUGACUUUGUGAAAAAGCAAGCGGAGAUGAAACGGUUGUGGGAACCUUUGAAUUUGAAGAAGUUUGCCGAUACGUGCACAUCCAAAGUUUCUCUCACCAUAGCGGAGAACAAUAUAAAACUCAAAUGGUUGUUGGUGGUGGAGGAUUGGGAGAGCCAGUAUUCAAAAUGGUUAAUUGCAAAAUUCGGGUUGAAAGCAAACAUGAAAAAGAUGGUGUAUGAAAACAUGGUUGAAAGUGACAAGGUUGAUUUAGAAAUUACCAGUUUGCCGAGAAAAGAAUUUCUUACAAAGGACUUUUUUCAUGAUUGUAGCUUCAUUUUAUUUGAAUGUGGGUUGUGUUCCGAGUCCAGUCAGACAAUUGAAAGUAAGUUGUCAAGUGAUGCAAAAGUUUUGAAAAAGAUCAUUUCAAUGUGCGAGAGGUAUACCUAUUAUAAACCUAGUAUUCUCAUUUUGUUUUGGAAUGCUACUCAAUCAGAAAUCACAACUGAUCGAGCCAUACAAUUACUCAACUUGGAGCAAACACCGUCCACAAAGACGAUAAAAGAUCUCAUUUUCUGUGACAUGGCCAAUGAAAGUAAUAGUAUUAGCCAAGUACUUACACUGUCUGUGGAAAAGUUGGCAAUGGAUUUUGAUGCUGGGUUGAGUGCGAGAGGAGUGAAGCAUGCCAUUAAAGUAAGAGAAAAGCGCAGAAUGAGUCGUGUCAAUGAAAAAAUGGAACAUAUCGAACCGACUGGUGGUGGUGAUAGCGUCGCCGAAAAGGCCAAGAAAUUAAUGGAAAAUGCACGGAAGCUUCAAAAGUACGACUAUCUCAAUCGCGCAGUCAAACCAACUCCUACAACAAAACCUUCCAAUCCAAAUACAAGUAUUGGUGACUUUGCCCAUAAAUCUUUGGCUCAAAUAAUUGCACACCGUGGAAACAGAUACUACAACUCCAGCAUAUUCAGUCGUGAUUCCACGUUUUUGAACACCUCGGUUAUGUCCAACAAUUCCGUUUUCAAUAAUUUUGGCAGGGGCGUUGUGCAAGAAAGUACGCCAAAUGCGUCUUUUAGAAGGAAAGGAACAGAUGAAACUGAGCUUGAAGAAGACACCGGUGACGAUGACAAACUCCGUGAGUUGAGAAAAUUAACCGCAAGUAUCAGGAGUAAAUACAAAAAAACAAACUCAGAGCAUGUUUAG